GGGAGCGCGCGCGGGCCCAGCCCGGGACCCGCGGGCCGGAGCGCGUCAGCGAGCCCGCCCCCGUCGGCCCUCCCCCAGGCGGGGCCAGCCCCCACGGCGCUGACUCAGCAACGCGAGGGGGGGACUUUUGUCCCUCCGCGGACCCCGUUUCCUGGCCUCAACCCUCCGCCGCCACCGAACCGGUUUCCUUUUUCCGGCGCCCGGGGUGGGAGAGGCAAAUUGGGCCGCCCGGGUAGCGCCCGCAGUGCAACCGCGGCGCUCGCCUGAAGACCCACGAGACUCGCGCGUUCCCCGCCGGCAGCGUGGGCGCCAUGAACAACGUCGGACUGAAUUCGGAGAAGGUGGCUGCGCUGAUUCAGAAACUGAAUUCCGAUCCCCAGUUCGUACUUGCCCAGAAUGUCGGGACUACCCACGACCUGCUGGACAUCUGCCUGAAGAGGGCCACGGUCCAGGGCACUCAGCAUGUGUUCCAGCACGUCGUCCCCCAGGAGGGCAAGCCCGUCACCAACCAGAAGAGCUCAGGGCGAUGCUGGAUCUUUUCUUGUCUGAAUGUUAUGAGACUUCCUUUCAUGAAAAAAUUAAAUAUUGAAGAGUUUGAGUUUAGUCAGUCUUACCUCUUUUUCUGGGACAAGGUUGAGCGCUGUUAUUUCUUCUUAAAUGCUUUUGUGGACACAGCCCAAAAAAAGGAGCCUGAGGAUGGUAGGCUGGUGCAGUAUUUGCUAAUGAAUCCUGCAAACGAUGGUGGGCAAUGGGAUAUGCUUGUCAAUAUUGUUGAAAAAUAUGGUGUUGUCCCUAAAAGGUGCUUCCCUGAAUCUUAUACAACAGAGGCAACCAGAAGGAUGAAUGAUAUUCUGAAUCACAAGAUGAGAGAAUUCUGUAUACGACUACGAAACCUGGUACAGAGUGGAGCAACCAAAGGAGAAAUUUCUGCCACACAGGACAGCAUGAUGGAGGAGAUCUUUCGAGUGGUGUGUAUCUGUUUGGGAAAUCCACCAGAGACAUUCACCUGGGAGUAUCGAGACAAAGAUAAAAAUUAUCAGAAGAUUGGCCCCAUAACGCCCUUGGAGUUUUAUAAGGAACAUGUCAAGCCACUCUUCAAUAUGGAAGAUAAGAUUUGUUUAGUGAAUGACCCUCGACCCCAGCACAAAUACAACAAACUUUACACAGUGGAAUACUUAAGCAAUAUGGUUGGAGGAAGAAAAACUCUAUAUAACAACCAGCCCAUUGACUUCUUGAAAAAGAUGGUUGCUGCCUCCAUCAAAGAUGGAGAGGCUGUGUGGUUUGGCUGUGAUGUUGGAAAACACUUCAAUGGCAAGUUGGGCCUCAGUGACAUGAACGUCUAUGACCAUGAGUUAGUGUUUGGUGUCUCCUUGAAGAACAUGAAUAAAGCUGAGAGAUUGACUUUUGGUGAUUCACUUAUGACCCACGCCAUGACCUUCACUGCUUUCUCAGAGAAGGAUGAACAGGAAGGUGCAUUCGAAAAGUGGAGAGUUGAGAAUUCAUGGGGUGAAGACCAUGGCCACAAAGGUUACCUGUGCAUGACAGAUGAAUGGUUCUCGGAGUAUGUGUACGAAGUGGUGGUGGACAAGAAGCAUGUCCCUGAAGAGGUGCUAGCUGUUUUAGAACAGGAGCCUAUUGUCCUGCCAGCCUGGGACCCCAUGGGUGCUUUGGCCGAGUGAUCCUGCCUUCAGCACUCUCCUCCUCCCUCGGGACCUGAAGUAGCUACAAAGGACAGAUCCAGGGACUGAAGCCAAAGUGACACAGGUGACUGUGCAUUCCCACAGGACACAGUCAGACUCUUGGAUUUCUCCUCUAGGAAUCUCUUCGGGGAAGUGUGCUUUAUGCUGAACCACAAUAUUCUUAAACAAAAAAGAAAAAAAAAAAGGAAAGAUCAGGUCACACUAUCUAUUCUCCUCAUCUCCAACAGCUCAGGAUUUUCAUCUCUUAGCGUUUUCAUCAGAUGCAGUUGUUUGUCUUAAUUUGUCAAAAAUGGUUCAGUCCAGUCUUUUCAUGAGACAGGAGAGGAUGAGCAAUCGAGGUGUGUAGAGAAAAAUGGACCUACUGCUCCUUAUUCCUAGAAUAGAGUGGGGGAGGGUUAGCCUACGAUUUGAGCUCUCUAAACUGCAUGCUGCCGACAGUGUCACUGUCCUUUCCUGAUGGCAGUACCGGAACGAGUUUUUUCAAGGUAAUUUGUGCGCCUCUAAUAGUGUAGGAAUGGGAGGUUGAUCGAGUCUGACAUGAUUCCUUCCUAUUGUUCUGAACUAUGGGGGAUCACAGCUGUACUUGAGUCAGGUUUAAAUAGAGGCUUAGAGAAUGUUGGAUAAGAGAACCAAGACCUUAUCAUGAUCUGAAUUAUAAUCAUUAGGGGGAGCUCUAGCGAGAUGGUUUAACGUCUGCCUCUGGAAUUGGGAGUCGGGUGGGCAGGAGAAGGUGAUACCCAUUCUUUCUGACAACUAGAUGGUGCUGAGAAGCUUUUGAAUAAAACACUUUGCUAAAUGACAGUAGGUUGGUUUGUUUGAUAAAAGAAUUAUGUCUUUAUUUAGCUGCAAAGGAAAGCAGCCAGGUGACUCAUGCUCUUGGAAGUAAAGAAACAAGAGAUCAGGCAGAGAGUUUGGGGGGCUGCAGCGCACGCCGCUGCAUUCACGAGCUCCCAGGUUGGCUCCCCAGCACUGCACGGCCCCCCAAACACCACCAGGAGUGAGUGCUGAGCACGGCACCAGGAGUAAUCUCCAAACAGUGUAAGGUAUGAGCAACAAACAAAAAAGAAAGGAAAAGGGGCUGGAGCGAUAGCACAGCGGGUAGGGCACUUGCCUUGCACGCGGCCGACCCGGGUUCGAAUCCCAGCAUCCCACAUGGUCCCCUGAGCACCGCCAGGGGUAAUUCCUGAGUGCAGAGCCAGGAGUAACCCCUGUGCAUCGCCAGGUGUGACCCAAAAAGCAAAAAAAAUAAAAAAUAAAAAUAAACUAGUAAAGCCUCUACUUUAAAAAAAAAAGGAAAAGAAAAACAGCAAGGUGGAUUUCUGCUUCAAGUUUUCUGGGCUGUAUCAUCCUACCUGACCUGUGCCGAUUCCCUGGCUUCCACAGGGGGCUGCAAGCACUAUGUUAAACAUUCUUUCAGCCAGAUUCAGGAUCCCUCCACAGGUGAGAAGUGAGGUUUGAUGAGUCCAGUCUUAGAGUGGGCUGGAGGGUGUAUAUUUUACAGAAGCCUUUUCACUGAAAGCAGGUACCACCCAAAUCAACCUUUUCUAUCAGUGACUCUAUCCCCGAUCUUUGGCUGUCCAGAGUCCUUUCUGUCCAAGCAGGGGAUAUUGUCGAUCACAGAGUUUCCCAAGAUAGCUUUGGAUAAAGCCUCAGCUUUAUUCAGAGUGUUUCUAAUAUUUCACUAACCCUAUUUUGGACAUGAUUUUAAAAAUCUUCUUCUGGGGACAUCAUGAUGAAAUCCAAGAGAGCUCUGAGAAGUGAAUAUUCAGAAAAGGCGUGUAGCCAGCCCAGAGCUGCAAUAGUGCUUUGCCUGUGGGAACCUCGGGUUCACGACCUGGCAGCACAUGGUGUCCCAAGUAGUACCAGCAGGAACCUCAGAGCACUGCUGGGGGUGGCCCCAAAUCUAAAAAAUAAAAGGAAUCCAGAAAAAUUAAGACAGCUUACCUUCAAACUUAGUUGGUUCACAGCUAACAUCUCAUCAACCACUUGUAUAAGCCAGAAAGACAGCAAAAUAGCUUCCGAGUGCUAUGAGAAAUUAAUUGUGAACCUAGAAUUCUAUAUACUCAGAACAAGGACACUUUAAAAACAAAAGUGAAAUAAAAAAAAAUAAAAAGAUAAAAUGAAAAUUUGCGGAAAUAGAGAUAAUUAGGGAGGGAAAUGAUUAAAAUAAACAUUUUAUAAUUUGCUUAUCUGGUCUGGAGGGAGUUCGGGAGGAAAGGUGUCAACAUCUUCACUGCCUAUGGCCCCCUGAGUACCACCAGAAAUCCCUCCUGAACACAGCCAGGAACAGCCCCUGAACACAAACAUCACCAAAUGUGGUCCCCAACUCCCCUUACCCCCCGGAAAUAAAUAAGUUCAUAUGUCAUUCGGUUGGUAAGUAUAUUGAUUAAUUUCAGAUUUGGGUAUGUUGAUCUGUGCUAAAAUUUUACUGCUAAGUAAAUGUAAGCAGGGAAUGUAAUUUCCAAAUGAGAAUAUAUACCAUGGAAUGAUGAGGGAAAGGGGCUGGAGAGAUAGUACAGCAGGUAAGGCGUUUGCCCUGCACAUGGCUGAUGGAAUUUGGUCCCCAGCAUCAUAUAUGGUCCCCCUAGCACUUCCAGGAGUAAUUCCUAAAUGCAGAGCCAGAAAUAAACCUUCAGCACCACUGGGUAUAGCUCAAAAAAGAGGAGGGGGCAGGAGAAAAAAUAUAUAUAAAUAGUCCAAAAUAAAUCUAAAUGUUCCAGUGUGUCUAUAGUAACAAUACAUAACUUAAAUGAGUUAAAUGUUCCGGGGGAGCAAAGCAAAUUAUCAAACUAGUUAUUUUGUUUUUUGAUGCUUUAGCCCAAGACUUGGAAUCUGAUCUGCCACUGAACUAUAUCUCGGUUCCUCAAACUAAGUUUCUUUAAGUUCAGUGAUAAGCUAAUAACAAAGACAUUAGCACUUACACAGAAUUGGAUGAAGAAAGAUAAAAAAGCUUUAUUUGGCAGAUACUAGACAAAAAAAUUGUAACAGUUAUCCUACUAAUUGGAGAAAUUAGAGCCAUCUUGGAUAACCAGUCUAAUAGAGUACACGAUUCACUGUCUUCCUGGAGUGUAUAAUACAGUGGUCCUGGAGACUGUUUAAAACAUAAAGCAGGGGCUGGAGUUAUAGCACAGUGGGUAGGGCGUUUACCUUGCAGGCAGCCAACCUGGGUUCAAUUCCCAGCAUCUCAUAUAGCCCCCUGAGCACUGCCAGGAGUAACCUCUGUGCAUACAAAAGAAAAAUAAUAAUAACAAUAGAUAAAAAUAAAACAGGGCUGGAGCGAUAGCACAGCGGGUAGGGCGUUUGCCUUGCACGCGGCCCACCCAGGUUCAAAUCCCAGCAUCCCAUAUGGUCCCCUGAGCACCGCCAGGAGUAAUUACUGAAUGCAGAGCCAGGAGUAACCCCUGUGCAUGGCCAGGUGUGACCCAAAAAGGAAAAAAAUUAAAAAUAGAACAUAAAGCAGGUUGGGACUGCCUUGCACAAGACCAACUGGGGUUUGAUCCCCAGCAUCCCAGAUGGUCCCUCAAUAUUGCCAGGAAUGAUCCCUGAGUGCAGAGCCAGGAAUAACCACUUAGCAUUACCGGGUAUGUCCCCCAAACAAAAGCAUCAAAAUUAAAUUAGAAACCAAAAUAAUAAGAUAAUUAGACCUCCCGUAUAUUUAGAACAUAAUAAAUUGGCCAGAGCAGAAAUCUUGAAGGAAAUCUAACCUAAAUAAGUACUAUUUAGCAAAAUAAGAGACACAUCUAAAAUAGUAUUUAAGUUUUACAGCAUUCAAGGUUUAUUAAAAUGUAGGAAGGACUGAAAAUUGAGCUUUUCAUGUCUCAUGAAAAUAGAACGGCAAAAUAAACUGAAAGAAAACAAAAGGAGAUCUACAGCAGGAAGGGCAUUUGUUUGCAUGCAGCUGUCCUCGGCUUGAUCCCUGACACCACAUAUGGAUGGCCCCCUGAGCCUCAUCUGGAGUGAUCCCGGAGCACGUCAAAGAAGAGAAGGAAAUAAAGAUGUGCAGAAGUCAAACAUGGAAUCAACAAAACCCAAAUUAACGGAUGUUUAGAAGAUUAAAAGGGGGGGGGAGUAGAAGCAGAGAAAGGAGUGUAUGCUUUGCAUUCCAAGGAUUCAGUUUUCAUCCAUCCCAGGUACCUUGCUCAUGGGACAUAUUCACAUGCCUAGAACAGGAGAGGAACAAUAAACUGGAAAAGAGCUGCAUUAGAGAUUUAGAAGAACUAAAGAAGUUGAAUCCAAAGACAAAAAGUUGUUUGAGAAAAAGCUUACAUGACACAACCCUCGUUUCCCCUCCCCCCACACCCAUGCACAGUUCUGGCAGCCCCAGUGAGCAUCGUUCUGGGAUUUGAGAGUGAAAGGGUUACUGAAAGCUCCAUGUCUGUUCUAUCCUCUUACUGCUUUGGCAGUUAGGUAACCGUGUCCCCACAGCUCAGCAACUUACUCAAGAUUUGUUCUCUAAAGGGAAAAAGAUUGUUAUCUAGAAAUCAAAAAUAUAACAGGUUAAAAAAAUAAAAUACCAUAAAGGCAUUGAUUCAGAAGUUCCCAAACUUACCAGGGAAAGGGAAGGGGAUGACAUUCCUUAUUCCUUGUUCCUCCCGGAAAUUGACUUUGGUUUGGUUUUGGGUUUUGGAUCACAUCUUGUGGUACUCAAGACUUACUUCCUAACUCUAUGCUCAGGGAUCACUCCUGGUUCAGGAGACGUAUAGAAUACUAUGGAUUGAACCCAGGUCAGCUAAGUACAAGGCAAACACCCUACCCUCUUUACUAUUGCUCCGACCCCAGAAAUCUACCUUCUUAAAAGGAACAGACAGGCUGGAGCGAUAGCACAGCGGGUAGGACAUUUGCCUUGCAUGUGGCCGACCCGGGUUUCAUUCCCAGCAUCCCAUAUGGUCCCCUGAGCACCGCCAGGAGUAAUUCCUGAGUGCAGAGCCAGGAGUAACCCCUGUGUAUUGCCAGGUGUGACCCAAAAAGAAAAAAAAGGGAACAGAAAGUGCCCCCACCCCAGUUGCAACCGAGGCUACUCAUACUCCCCUGGGUUAUGUCACCCACUUUGGGAAAUAGUAGAUGAAAUGAACAUUUACAUCUGGAUAUCCUCAGCUAUAUUGGGCUCCAAGAAUUCAGGCCCAGGAGACUGGAAGUCUAGCAUUACCUGGACAAAUACAGUUAAAAACUUGCAUGUCAGUGUCACCUAUUAACUUAGAUGCAGAGUCCUGAACCAAAUGUAAUAGACCAAAUCGGUCAUCUUUAAAAAAUAGAUCAUUUUCAUUACCAAAUGUUUAAUACAAACUAUUUUCAGAUAAAGGGAGGAAAGACAAAAGGUAGGUGCAUCUUCUCUGCAGAAAACAAAGGGAAAUGGACUCAUGUGUUAGCCAGAGAUCUGUACUGGCAAACUUUACAGCGUUUGUGUGACAGAUGAUGGGAAUGCGAUGGUGUAAAUUGUUUUCCUCUGUAACUCUUUAAAGGAUUCUCUGACCUCUGACCUUGUCAAAGGUCUUUGGCAGGCCCAAGAGUCCGAUCACAUCACGCUGACUCUGCUCGUCCCAGAAGCCACCCUGAUGGAGAGAGCUGGGCCUCCAGGAUGCGGUUGUGAACCAUCUUAGACACAGCAGUAUGUCCAUAUCCUCUUAAUUAUAAUUUGCUCUUGGCAGCACUAGGGCAUUUGUACUGUAAUUCUCAUUCCUCUAGUCAAGCUGAGCAACGUUUAGUUGAGUUUAUUGAAUACUUUCUGAUGAACAGUCUCAUAUUUAGGACAACUUGUUCAGAGUCACUGUUGCUUCUGAUGAAGCGGAUUCAUUCCUUGGAAGCCUAUGUUAACGAUUUGGUUAAAAACUAGGAAUAAACUCGCAAAGUCA